UACCUAUAAAGCUUCCCUAUCCUUUAAACCUCUCGCCCGCUUUCGCAAUCCGACAUUACUUAAAAGCCCAUCUACGCCACCUACACAAACUCUUUCGAAAACCUCCUCACCAUGGCCGACUACGCACCACCUCCAGGCCCACCGCCGCCAAAGGUUCCUGAGGGCUGGGUUGCCCAGUGGAAUGGACAGUACAAGGAAUGGUUCUACGUGAACACCUACACCAAGAAGUCGCAAUGGGAGAGACCGACCGAACCUGUCUAUCCUCCGGGCGAGUCUCCAAUUUCCGCGCCCGAUGGCCCCCCUCCGUCCUACUCUCAAGGCGCAGCGAGACCUGCGCCUACUGAGAAGGGCGGCUACCUCUCCAGCAACAACCCAUACGGUCCAGGCGCGUCGGGCGGAUCGAGUUCGCACAGCAUUGCCGAAGAUGAAAGACUGGCGCGCCAGCUGCAAGCCGAAGAGGACGCACGCGCACAAGGCCGUCCCACGAGCAGAGGGGCGGCGGAUGGCUACUACAACCAGGGCGGUGCUCCCGGCUACGGGCAGCCUUCACCGUACGGCCAGCAGUCACAGUCCCCGGCUCAGGGUUACCCCCAGCAGCUCCCGCCGCGCGAUGACAAAGGAAAGUCAAAAGGCGGGUUUCUAGGCAAGCUGCUCGGCAAGGCUGGUGGCUCGCAGCAACACUACGGACAACAAUACCCACACCAGCAACCUCAGUAUCAGCAGCAAUAUUACAGCGGUCCGCCGCAAGGCCAGUACGGCUAUGCGCCACAGCAGGGAUACUACGGUCAGGGUGGCGGUUACGGCCAGCCACAAUACAUACAACAGAGACCUCAGAAGAGUGGCGGUCUAGGCGCCGGUGGGGCCGCCGCGCUGGGUGUAGGUGGUGGUCUGCUGGGUGGUAUGCUGCUGGCAGACGCCAUCGAGGACCACGACGAGCAUGAGUACGAUCAGGGCUACCAGCAGGGCUACGACGAUGGUAACGAUGGUGGUGGAGAUUUCGGCGGCGGAGACGACUUCGGUGGGGACUUCUAGAGUCGAGGAGUCCAUGUACGAUGCUUGACGGAUACACAACUGGUUGAUUUAUAUCACGAGUGAAUGAGCGAUUGACUGGCUUUUCUUUUUACCUAGGCAUUCAGGUUUUAGUAGUUGACUUUAAUUUCUCCAGAUUAAACAUGGUCAGCGUCUUCUCUAAAAACGCGGUGUUCCCAGGCCGCACCUUCCUUUGUAUGCACCAGCAAAAAGUACUUCGUCUGCAACAAGAUCUUCUUAUCAAGUCUCUUGUAC